GCUCUGCUUUGUGGUCCUGAACACAGCGGCAUCGAAGCGGAACAACGAGAAAGGCGAUGGGAACCAGUUCUUCGGUUUGGCCAUCGGCUUUGUCAUCAUUGCUGGCGGCUAUGCCUCCGGAGACGUUUCAGGUGCUUGCUUCAAUCCUGCUGUCGCCUUUGGCUUGGACUUCUCCAGCAUCAACUCCGGAAUGAGCUGGGGCUUCGGGUGGACGGGCAUGGAGAUUGUCGGAGCCGGGUGCGCAGCGUUGGCGUUCCGCUUUGUCCGGCCCGAGGACUUUUCCUUGGUCGAGCUCAGCACAUACGAGCCGACUUUGCCCGUGAAGUUGGCCCACCGUCCGCAGACGAUGGGUGA